UUCGGACUCAUAGCUCCAAUUUAAGAUUCAAUCAAAUUAAUACCCAGUUCGUUCGAAAUCUGGUGUUAGGUUAAUUUUUGGGGGUCAUUUGGGGUUGGAGAAGUUCAAGGAAGAGCUCAAACUGAAUGGGAUCGAAUUAUAGGUUUGAAGAGCUAUGAUGGGAGUGGUAAACAAGUUCGUAAUCGCGUCCAUGUGCAUGUUUGCAGCUCCUAUCGCGAUUCUAUAUGGAUUCAAACACAAUUUCUUACCCGGUUCUACUGAAUUGCCUUCAGAGUCCGUGACUCUAUGGAGCGGAAUCCUCGCAGUCUUUUCCGUCAACGUGGUCAUAGCAUUCUACAUCUACAUGGCCCUGAAAGAGCCCUCGGGCAAGCCAGAGCCAGAUCUUAAGUUCGUUGCAGAGGCCAAGGCCAGCAUAAAGCAGUCGCAACCAAGUCGAGCAUCCGAUCGUUCCAAACACAAAUAGCAGGUGCCAUCGGGCUUGGCCGCGUAGUUUCUGAAACGCCCGUUGACACGUGCCUUGAAAUGCUUUCACGAAUUUUGUUGCAGAGUUUUGCACCUGUAUUGUCAUUUUUUGGUUUUGUUGCAGAGUUUUGCACUUUGUAUUGUCACUUUUUGGGUGUUUUAGGUGUGUUUCUGUGUCCAAUUGAAUUUACUUGGGCAAAAUUAUGAUUUUUAUUGGUCAUUUAACAAAA